GGUCAAAACGCAUGCCUUCUGUCACUUCUAAUUCAUCCUCAAUUGUCUUACCAGCCUUAACAGUAAUCACACCUUCCUUACCAACACGUUCCAUUGCUUGAGCAAUCAUGUCUCCUACAUGUUUAUCACCAUUAGCAGAGAUAGUAGCCACCUGAGCAAUUUCCUGUGGAGUCGUAAUGAUCUUUGUGUUUUGCUUCAAAAAAUCAACGACCGCAUCUACAGCAACUUGGACACCACGACGCAGGUCCAUAGGAUUACAACCAGCUGCGACAUUCUUAACACCUUCAGCAAAAAUGGCGCGUGUAAGGACGGUAGCUGUAGUUGUACCAUCACCAGCAAACUCAUUUGUCUUAUUUGCAACAUCUUGUACAAGACGUGCUCCCAAGUUUUCAAACUUAUCCUCGAGAACAAUAGAUUUAGCGACUGUAACACCGUCUUUAGUGAUCUUUGGAGAACCAUAAGGUUGUUCAAUUAAUACAUUACGACCUUUAGGACCUAAAGUAACAGCAACGGAUUUAGCCAAGAUAUCUACUCCACGUAAGAGACUAGCACGACCUUCGACACCAAAUUUGAUUUCUUUGUGUGUAGAAUAAAGACGUUGAAGUAUACCAGUAGAACGCGUUAAUGAACGAGCUCUAGAUGCGACCAAACGAUUCAUUAUUAUUGGGUUUUUUUUUUUAAAAAAAAAGGGGGGGAGGGAGGGGAAAAGAAAGAG